AUGUCUGGCCACAACCCGCCACACGGGCGACUGGGACAACCGAACACUACGUGGAAUCCGUUACAGGUCCCGUCGUAUGUCCCACGACAACCGCAGUUAGCACACAUGUCGAGCGAAAGAUCCAUGGCACGCUCACCACUAACGUGGCCUACACCACCGACAACGCAUCAGGAUAAAGUGUACAACUUAAUGGCCGGCAACCUAAUGAAUAACCUUGAUAUGAAUCCACUGUUGCAAGGCUAUGGACGAAACGUCGGUAUGCCGCUGGGAUCGGUCGAUUUGACACUGUCGUCUGCCGCACGUAGCACACCCUCACCCAAAGGGGUCCACAACAAUAUUCAGACUGCUUCCACGAGUUCUUCACAUUCGUCGCAUACCUCGUCUUCAACGACAACCACACUGCCAUCAAACAUUCCCACCAGUGGCGUUCACAGCAUGGCCGGAGAUAGUGGCCUUUCUGGAAGUAAUCACCAAGCGAGACCCGCCGGCACCUCGGGUAAUGUUGUACCGGCUUCGGGCGGAGUAAUUCAGUCGACCAACGUAGCAGCACUGAAAGAACGCAUGCAAGGGCCCGGUAGCACCAGUAUGCCGCCUAGUGGGGCGGGAAGCACAUCAAAUAGCUUUGGAAUGAUGAAUACAAUCAACGACAGUAGUAAUGCCACGAUCGGCACUAGCAUGGUACGUGGAGGCAAUGGUUUCGGAGCCGGGUUGAGCAAUCGCACAGCGAGCGACCUUGCAGCGCUCGUUUCCGGUGGUCUAUUGGUGAAGGAUGCGAAGCAAAUCAACAGCGAAAUGGACAGUAAAAAUGGUCGCGAUUGUUUUUCGCACCUCACGGACUCGGCCGACCUGGUGAAAGAGUUCGUCUUGCAAACGAUGCAUUGCAACGCGUUAUCGGUUUCACCAAAGCGAACAUCUCCAGCAAGAUCAUCGGUGCAGACGACUUUAAGCCCCAACAGAAGCCGAAGUCCACCGUUAAAUUUAUUGCUCGGGCCGUCCGCUAUCGACGGUAAGCUCGGUGUGGAUUGUUUAAACAGCGCGUUUCCCUUGCCGAGCAACAACACUGCUGUGCCAUCAUUGAGUUCCGAACCUACUGCACCUGCUGCUGCAACACUGGAGGGGACAGAUAUUGGCACCGUUACGGCUAGAGCGAUUGGUUCGUUGCUGGCAGGGACUGGUAGCGAACUGACCACCGGUACCUCGAUAUCUUGCCCAAUCAAUCCUUCCGCCUCGCCGACAGGGAACAGUAUGGCCUCGAGUGAAGAUUCGGUCGAUUCGUCCAACAGCAGGAGUAACAACAGGAGGAGAAGAAAGCCGGAAAAAACCAACAAAAUGAAUGCGGUGUUUCCGCUCGAGGAUGGAAAAUCCCUUUUCCCGGUGGCAAAACCCGUGGACGGUGGGAUGACGGGAAUGGAAGAGUUGGACAGCUUGCGCACUAAUCACGCAGCACGAAACGAUAUUACUGCACUAGCGAUCGAAGGUAUUAAUGCGCUCAGCCACGGCCUGUCCGGGGCACAGUGCGAUCUUAGUCAAGGUGCACCGCUGGCCAGCCUGUCGGAGAACAAUGCGCGGGAAGCAAGUGGCAUGCACACACCGCACGAUAUCUUUCUACCGCACCAUACGCAACGUAAGCCACCAACGGGAACGUCCCAAGAUCAGCAAAAGCUACUAGAAACCCUAAUCCAAAGCAAUAUGAACAACAAUGGCACAGCACCAUCAGCAGCAUCGAAUAGUUCCAUCGGUCCGAGGACUGCAGAAGAUACCAGUGCGUUGCAAAAGCAGCACGCAGCGAACGAUUGUGAAACGAUCGAUAAAAUUGCUGCCAUGGUAGCGUCUACGAAUGCGUUGGCGAGAAAGUUUUGCCUAGACAAAGUGACGGAACCGACGAUCGAUAAUGGUAUCGUAGGAUCGAUGACAACCACGCCCGAGAUGAACUGUAAUGGACCUACGGUGCUCGAAAAAAGUACACAGCAAGAGGAGAAAAAUGGCCGAAAGGCAGAGAAAAAAGCAAAUGCUUCGGACAGCAGCUAUGAGGAGGUUGAAAAUAAGCUGGAAGAAAUGUUUGCCGGCAUCGAAGAGCAGCCGGGUAAUUGUGUCGGGUCGGGCGUACAGAAAGAAUCGUCGAACGCUAGUGAUAACCAUGAGCGCACUGGAAACUUACCAUCGUCGAUCGGACGAGAUCAUGCGACGGAUGUUCCAGACGGUGACGUGAUGAAACAGUUGUCGAAUGAUUUAGUAUUGGCAGAUCGGGCGAGUGAAUUUCCGGGCAGUUCCAGCAAUGGUAGCGGGAAGAAACCACUAACUCCAGCACAAAAGCGUAGCAUCGGUAGCAAAGCGAUCGCACAGCCGGUGGGAGAAAUGAUCUCCAGUACACCGGCGGUGAAACGUAAACGCGGACCUAAGAAAAAAUCAAACGCACACAGCAAACCCGCCAUCAGCCCGUUCAUGGAACCGGCAGGACCCGCAAUGUUGGGUCUGAAGGCGUUGAACAACAAAAAGAAGGGAAAGAACAAGAAAGCAGCUGCCACCGGUACGGGUAAGAAAGGUAAAGCGACAAAAGGGAAGGCGGGAAGCAAGUCCGAUGAGCGGGAACCGUCAGCGGCUUGGUCUGCAGGAGCUGCUCCUAGUAUAGAGGCGAACGGGAAGUACAAGGGACCUUACGUUCAGGUCAGGUCGGACGGAUGCCAUACCGUCAUCAAUGCGCCGCUCAACGAAGAGGACAGCGAGAAGACGCAGAACAAGACGAAAAAGUUUAGCAACAGUCUCAACAGCUCGGAGCGAAGCAAAAUUCGUGGCCUGCACGUAAGCACACUCAGCACCAAAUACGAUGCGGACACGACGGAUACGAGCUGGAUGUGCGUGUUUUGCAAAACGGGCCCGCACAAAUUUCGGCUCGGUGAUCUGUUUGGUCCGUACAUAAUAAGCACCGGUUCCAGCGAGUUCGAACAGAGCCAGGUCGAUGUGGAUUUCUUUAGUGUGCGCCGAACGCGUGACGAUCUUGAAUCGAACCAAGCGAAGCAAAAGCGUGCCGCGGAGAAGCUGAAAGAGCAGCAACAAUGUGGUUCGAAAAGUAAAAAACGGAAAAACGCAACAGGAGCUCCUGUGAAUGUCGGUCUGAUAGCCAUGCCAGGACCCAGCAACGUAACAGAGCUGGCACUGAAGGAGGAGAAAUGCGACGAUACCCUCGGCACGGAACAGCAAACAUCGACAGAGAUUUUUUACGGCAUGAUCAAAGCAAGUGAUAACACGUACGAGGUGUGGACGCACGAGGACUGCUUAGUGUGGGCGCCCGGUGUUUAUAUGGUAGGGACGCGCAUCGUCGGUCUGGAGGCGGCCAUCUGGAACUGCUGUCGGCACCAGUGCCAGUUGUGCCGAAACUAUGGUGCUGUGCUGAGCUGUCUGCAUCAGGGCUGUCACGCAAAGGCGCACUACAUUUGUGCGCACAAACAAAGCUGGAAGAUGACUGAAGAUUUCCAAUCGUUUUGUCAACUGCACGCCGCUGCGAAGGAACCUAGCGAUGGUGAUGAGGUGGCCUCGGGCAGUAGGGAGGAUGCUUCCGCACCAACGCUAGCAGCGACGACGACGCAGCUAAAGAAGGAAGGCAAGCCAGGUAAGAAGGGGGCGGUUAGUUUGACAACGAGUGCGUCAUGA